AUGUCUCAAGCAUCAACAAUAGUAUCUGAAAUGACCACCCAUUCAAACUCCCCCUUCCACCUCCGCCCCGCCAAACCCACUCCCACCGACCACGCCUUCAUCCUGUCUGCCUUCGACUCUUCCCUCCCCCUCCUGGCCUCCAUCGGCAGCCACGAACAAUGGGGCUCAACUCCCUUCUCCCAACGAGGAGACUUUCCCCAAGAAACCCUAAAAGAACUCGACCAAUCCGAAGAAUAUCGCCUAACUGGCAAGAGCAACAUGGACGGUCUACGCAUCUUCAUCGUUGAAAGAGAAUACCACCACGAUAAUGAGGAUCAUACAGGGUCUCUUUCAUCCCACCUGCGAGUUACGUCCGACGGUCAAUGCUUCCUUCCAGUAGGGUUUGCCUAUGUUCGCGAGAAUUGGGUUCCUAAAUAUGUGAAAUCACAACAUCACCUUCCGAUGCCAAUCAUCCAUAGUAGUACUGAAAUUGGUGGGUUUCUCUAUCUUGAGGUUAUGAUUACGGAUAGUCGCGUGGGUCGGCUCUGUCGCGGGGCCGGAGCGGCGCUUAUCAGGGGCAUGAGGGAGUAUGCGCAAGGAAGAGGGAUGAAGGCCCAAUGGGUGGAUGGAUGGGCGGGAAAUGAGAGAAAAUUGAUCAGGUUUGUUCUAUUCUUAUCAUCUCUUCUUCUUUUUUUUAAGAGAUUAAGUUGUUGGUGUUAA